AUGAAGCCUCCAACGGCAAGAAAACCACCUUCAAAACAACGUCCAACUACUACGAUAGCAUGUCCAAAAAGAAGUGGAUCAGAACUGGAAGAUAUCGAAGAAACUCCACCGGAUCCUAGAGCAAGGAGCAGAAGUGAGGAUGUAACUGUUCAUUGUCUUCUACGAGAAAUAGAUGAUAAGAAAUUGGUGAAUUUGAUUGGAGGACAUCCAUCGGCUCGAUCUUCGGCAUUGAUUUUGCAAGCAUUGAGACAGCAAAUGUCAGUUGCCACCCUUGAUGAGUACGUUCGAGACUCGUUGGAAUGGAUGGUAUCUCAUGACGUCUUAAUGCUGAAAUCUAAGAAAAAUAGCCUGUUUUCCCGUGUCAUCCAAGCGGAUGGUGUAGAUUCUCGAGAGCAGAUGGCUCGUCUCAUCAAUACGAUGGCUAGUUAUACAGCCGGUCGAAGCUACUUUACUGUCCACCAUAAAACCUUCAUUCCUUGCUUGAUAGCUGUUCUGAGAGGAAAGAGACUUCCAUCUACUACCCAUGACCAGCUGAUUGCUUGUGUUCAGAAAAUGAGCAUACGAGCUACUUGUCAAAAAGAGCUGAUUCAAAACGGAAUGUUAGAAUGGGCAGUGAAUCAUUUAGAUCAGAAAUUAAACAAUUAUGCAUUUGAAUACCUUGCAGCACUUAUCGUUAACCUAUCCACAAAUCCUCUAAGCCAUCCUCUCAUAACUCGACUCGCCGAUUCUAUCGCCAAUUCAGUUGCCAGUCUAGUUGUGAAAAUGUCCCAUGGUCCUUCAUGUUCCCUGUACAACACUCUUCUCCUUUCGAUUCUUUCCUGCUCGAGAAUCCGUCUUCGCGCCAAAGAUACGAAACUUCUGGAAGCGAUCCGGAUCCGAUUGGAGACACGAAGAACAUGCCCGCUAUGCAACCUACAUGUGCCAUUUCUAAUCGCAGUUGUUCAUCAAGAAGUUGACUACAAUCGAGUUCCACUAACACCAACCGAUGGAGACACUGAUAAGUGCGGAAGUUCGUGUGAACGAGAAAUCGACUCUCUUGAUCCUCUGCGCCCAUCGACCAACGAGCUCAGCGGUGCUCGUUUGCUCAUCCGAAAGGCCUAUAAAGAGACAGCUGGCGGUAGUUGUGGUCAACUAAUAGAUACAAAAGAGGAAAUCGGAUCGAGAAUGAGUGCUCGAGGAAGAAAAGGAACUGGAAGAGAUGGGCGGAUUGGAACAGCCACUUCACAACACACAUUCGUGAUUGAAACUGAACGAAGAAGACCUUUAAUGAUAAAUAUUGGAUUGAGUGAUGGAGCAUUGGAAUACAAAAAAGUACAGGAUGAGAUAAAUAAGAAAAAGGAGGAUGAGGAGAAUAGGAAGAGGAGAGAAAAAGAAAAAGUGGAAAAGGAGAAGAUGAAAGCGUUAAGGCACAUUCAGCUGACCUCCAGAAAAGCACCAUCUGUGUUAAAGAAGGAAUUAUCAGAAUCAGCGACUCCGUUGAUUGAGAAGUUUAUGGGAAGAAAGGCAGCAAGUGGAUCUAGACUCUCAUUGAAUAAAAAGCCAUCAGAAUCUCGUGGAUCACCUCCAUCUGAAAAGAACAACAACAAUAAUAAUAAUAGUGAUUUCAAAGGUUCAAAUGAAACGAUUGUUCUAUCUUCCUACUUUUAUACUGUCGAAACGACAAGCAGCCCUGAUGACUACACCGCUGUGUUUGGGAGCCGUCCAAAAGUGGCUCGUACUCCAGAUACUCAAUCGAGAUCCUUUUUCUGA